AUGUCUACAACCUCGCCGAAACGAAAAGUCCCUUAUCAUCACCACCAUGUCAUGCGACAUAAGCUUCAAGCCCUGCCUACAAGAGAACCGACCUUGUUGGAGCAAGAGACGGUUGAUAAGUUACUGAUAGACUGCAUCAAAGCAAUAUGCGAAGAGGAGGCUCUGAAACAGGACAUCAGCAGUCCAGUCAUUGAGUCAGUUGCACUCGAAGCUUUGGUUGGCGCGGUGGAAGAAUUCGUGCUCAAGUUCCUUUCCAAAGUCCGUCGGUCGAUGCUCGCAGCCCGUCGAACUACCCCUAUAGCCUCCGAUUUCGAAACCGCAAUCGAUGUAUUUGACGUUCCAAGACUCGAUGACCAACUUCGACAAUACAAAACCAACCAUUCCAUCAACCCCCCCUUACUACUGACUCCUCCUCCUGAAGAUGAAUUUCACAAUACCAUCGAUAUCCCUCCUUCAUUCCUCGACCCUGAACUCGACGGACACGGCCAACUCCAAAAGUUCUCAUUCAACACCAAGGGUUUGCCAGAUCUGCCUUCCGCGCACACUUUCAAAGAUUCGCCUGUAUAUCCGUACCGAGAGGUCGACACCAGAAGGAUCAGAGAAUUAGCGACACAGGAGGGAAAGCUUGGAGAGCAGGCCUUGCGAAAGUUGGCCGGGGCAGUCAAAUUGGAUGCCGCUCACCCACUGGACUCCGAAGCUUCUAGGCAGAAAUGCACGCCUCGGCAACGGAAGCGGUGGAAAAAGGGUGUGGAUCAAUCGGAAGAGACUAUUUUUGAAGAGACUCUGCGAGAUCUUCUUGCUAAAGAGCCGGGAGGAUUCGAAUUGGGCCCGAUUGUGACUUGUGAGAAGGCAUAUCGUAUGCCCGACGAUGUGCAGGUCAAGAGGCGGCCGCAUAUGAACGGUGCUGCGUCUAGUGGACAGGAAAAGCCAGCCAGCUCAGGUCCCAGUGGCCCGGAUGUGAUGGAGCUUUGA